UCUUACCUCACAGAGGUAGCUCCGCCGCAGCCGCCGCCAGCGACUCGGCGCCGGCGUCCAUGGACCGGAACCUUGGGCCGACGGCUAGGAGCCCUGGCCGCGAUCGCCGCCCCCCUGCCCCAGUCUCCUCCUCCUCGUUCUCCACAGCUCCCUCCAGGCGCCUGCAGACCGCUCACCGCCGCUGCCUGUUUCGCGCCGCCGCUCCAGAAGGCCGGGUGGCGGGUUCGCGGCUGCCGCUGGACUGAGGCCUACUCAGCCUCCACUGCCUCUCAGUGCUAUUGUUCCUGGGCCCGGCCCUGCCCGGGUCCGGUAGGGAGGGCCGAGUGCCUCGGCCCCGCCGAAGAUGCCGGACCAGUCCCUGCAGCAGAUGCUGGACAGAAGUUGCUGGGUAUGUUUUGCCACUGAUGAAGAUGAUAGAACAGCUGAAUGGGUGAGACCAUGCAGGUGCAGAGGAUCUACAAAAUGGGUUCACCAGGCUUGUCUACAGCGCUGGGUGGAUGAAAAACAAAGAGGAAACAGUACAGCCAGAGUGGCGUGUCCCCAGUGCAAUGCUGAAUACUUAAUAGUUUUCCCAAAGUUGGGUCCAGUUGUUUACGUCCUGGAUCUUGCAGAUAGACUGAUCUCAAAAGCCUGUCCAUUUGCUGCAGCGGGGAUAAUGGUUGGCUCUAUCUAUUGGACAGCUGUGACUUAUGGAGCAGUGACAGUGAUGCAGGUUGUAGGUCAUAAAGAAGGUUUGGAUGUUAUGGAGAGAGCGGAUCCUUUAUUCCUUUUAAUUGGACUCCCUACUAUUCCUGUCAUGCUGAUAUUAGGCAAAAUGAUUCGUUGGGAGGACUAUGUGCUCAGACUGUGGCGCAAAUACUCAAAUAAACUACAGAUUUUGAACAGUAUAUUUCCAGGAAUUGGCUGUCCUGUUCCUCGAAUUCCAGCUGAGGCGAAUCCUUUAGCAGACCACGUCUCUGCAACGCGAAUUUUGUGUGGAGCCCUUGUCUUUCCUACUAUUGCAACAAUAGUUGGUAAACUUAUGUUCAGCAGUGUCAACUCUAAUUUACAAAGGACAAUCUUGGGCGGAAUUGCUUUUGUUGCCAUAAAAGGAGCAUUUAAGGUUUACUUCAAACAGCAGCAAUAUUUACGUCAGGCACACCGCAAAAUUCUAAAUUAUCCAGAACAAGAAGAAGCAUAAAAAUGACUUCUAGUUGUCCUGCAAUCCUCUCAUCCAUGAGUCUGUUGUGUUAUUCUGAUUCCAUCAUUAACGCACAGUAGUGGAGACUUGUGAUAAGCUGCCGCUCCUAUGUUUUUAAGAAAUACAAUAAAGCACGUAGGGCAGGGGAGAUCCUCAGUAAUCACGGAACCUAAGGAUGUGAUUUGUUUUCAUUGUUUCUUAUGUACUUUUAUGGCAGUCAUCUGAACCAUUAUUUUAGCAUGGUAAUCCUGGGAUUUAGUCAUAUUUUCUCCAGAGAUAUAAAGAUCAGACUGUGCAAAUAUUUAAAAAUGCACACACAUUGUUU